AUGCCACAGAAAUCGGGGGAACACAUCGUGAUAUUAAAGUUGUUCCUUAGGUACGCGUUGAUUCCGGAGAUUGGUAUCGUCUCUCCGUCAAUCUGUGUCUACCCUACGAAAGUUUCGGGCAAGGUCGACCGAAUGCUGAUCAAAGAGUAUGGCAGACUUCGACCCUGUCCGGGAAACUUGCGUCGCCUUGGGGGGCUCACCAUAAGCUUUGAUAUCUCGUAUACCUCUGGAAAUCUUUCGAAUGACAGAAGUAAUAUACCUUCGUCUCCCCUUCAUCAACCUCAGGCUGCCGCUUUUUCUACCCCCCCGAACGCGGAAAAGGACCGCUUUCGCACUAUCUAUAUCGGACACAAGCAUAACAUGGUUGCGCGAUUCGUCGACAUAACCAAUGCUUCUCCAAACCUCCUAUCGUGUAUCACACCAACAUGCAGAUUCACGAGACCACUACUUGCUUAUCAUUUCGGUCCUCUACUCCCGUCAAUGAUCAAAUUGACUUCAUUGAGCAUUCGCGAAUGGAAACGAGGGUAG